AUGGCUUCCAGAUCGGCUAGGAGGCCGGAUCGCUGGUACUAUUUUGCAUACGGUAGUAAUAUGAGCCUAAAGCAGAUGGCAGAACGAUGCCCGUCGUCUCUAUUCAUGGGAAAGGGCAGAAUUGAUGGAUACAGGUGGCAGAUCAACCAGCGUGGUGUUGCAAAUGUUGUCGAAUGCCGGGGAGACUAUGUCGAAGGUCUUAUUUACCAAAUCGACGCCAAGGACAAACGACAACUAGACCGCAGCGAAGGCGUAGCGCUAGGUUUUUACAACGAUGAGCAUCUACACACUCUGUUCUUGCCCUUGCCAAGCUGCGGGAUCAAGACCUUCCAUGUUGCGAAGGAACUUGAGAUGGACGAUCAGCCUGAUCUCAGAAAACCAGAGCACGAACCAUCCGCUCCCGGACCCAAGAGGAGCAACGUAUCAGAGUCCACUUUUGUUGAUCAAAAUCCAUCGCACCAACCAGUAUCGAGGCAUCCGAGACAAGAGAGCUUAGAGAUGGUUGAUGCCCUUGUCUAUGUUAGCCGCGAAUACAAGGACGACGGAUUAAUCAGAUCAGAAUAUAUUACACGCAUGGAGAAGGCGAUCAUCGAUGGACGGAAGAUGGGAUUGUCAGAUCAAUUCUUGAAUCACCUCGAUCGUACCAUUCAUCGGGAGCUUCCACGUCUGAAUAACGAUGCCUUCCGAACCAGAUACGGUCCUUAUGCGAGAAUGGAAAUUGGUGGUACAAGCCACCAGCCGUACGGGGUCUUGGAAAGCACUCGACCAAGACAGGAACAGGACGAACGAGUGUCGACAAUUCGGCCCAGCUAUCCAAGGUACGCGAGGGUGAUAACUAUCCGGCCGAGGUAUCAAGACUUCCACGAUCUCGGUGGCAAUCCCAGAUAUGCAGAUGAAAGACGCCAUCGACCGACUUACGAUACUGGAAGACAGCCAGAGACUCAAGAAUGGAGCAGGGGCAGGUCUCCGACGAGAUUCAUGCAGAGUCGAGGCUGGGACGAACGGGGCGGUGCAGGAUCAACUACGCUUAUCAAUUCGCGUUACCAUGUUGGAGGUCAUCCUGAGCAGGUUUUUGAGUACCGCCGACGCGGUAGCUCUACUCCGUACUAA